GUCAGAAACAGAGAUUCAUAAAGCAAAAAGUUACUUCCCUUGCACCCAAUCAAAAUUAAAAGAAAAAUUAUAUAUUUUGUAAUGUUGGAACCAAAGGGCAUAGCAAUAUAGUAGUAGCACAGUAUGAGUAGUGAAGCAGCUACGAGGAAGCUCGCUCCCCAACAAUAACGUUGUAUUUGUAUGGAAUGGUUCCACGUUUCAAUUGAAAGCUUGGCACGCACUUCCACGUCUAUAAAUAGCAACGACAAUGUUCCUCUCUCAUUACUACGAUACGACUACUACUAACAACACUGACACAAACACAAACAUUUUAAUUAAUUAAUCAGUCAUAGUUGCAUGGACAUGCCUUGUUCAUCGUCUUCGAGUGGUGCUGCUUCAUCCGCAUACAGAGGCGUUCGCAAGAGGAAAUGGGGCAAGUGGGUCUCCGAAAUACGCGAGCCGGGAACCAAGACCAGAAUCUGGCUGGGGAGCUUCGAAACGCCGGAAAUGGCUGCGGCGGCGUACGACGUCGCUGCGCUGCACUUCAGGGGGCGCGACGCCAGGCUAAACUUCCCUGAGCUCGCCACCACGCUACCACGCCCCCUCACCAACAAUGCCGACCACAUUCGCAUGGCGGCGCACGAGGCCGCGCUCCGCCUCCGGACCAACCCGGCGCCGCCCCAGAGCUCGGCCUCGGCGCCGCCGCUCACGGUGAGACUCUCCCCCACGCAGAUUCAGGCCAUCAAUGACUCCCCCAUGGACUCCCCCACGUGGAUGCAAAUGCCCGACACCUUCAUGAUGCAUGAUCAAUCCAUCAUCUUCUCCAAUGGCUAUUCCUUUGAGGAUAACGAGUGGGAGGAUAUUCAGAAUGAUUCUCUUUGGGAUCCUUAAGAUACAUAUAUAAAUACAUAUAUACUUACAUACAUACAUACGGUAUACCACUACAAUACAAUAUACUAGUAUUUCAUUUUUUAUUUGUCGUUUCAUGCUGAGGUGAGGUGACAUAUUGAUGAUAUAUACGUGACGGGUGGGAUUCUCACUCUCUCUGCACCUCACUCUUCUACUCUUACAUUUUCAAAAAACAAUUCAAGGAACAUGUCAUUGUUUCCUUUUCUUAUUCCAGGAAUCAAAUUAUCAUGAAUUCUGAAAGCAAUGGAGGAUUGAGAAGGACUUACUGUUAAUUUCAUGGGGGAGGGUGGGUCCCAUGAGUGAUUAGUCAUUAGUGUAACCAUGCUUAUUGUGGGGCUACAUUUGUUUAAUUAGAGUUUAUUCGUAGAGUGGGUGAGAUUUGUUUUGUGUACCAAAUGGGCCACGAACUCUGUUUAUUGGCUGUGUUUUAUAGGCUGUGGAAGAGUGUGGUGUGAUUUAUUUUAUUUUAUUGAUUAAAUAAAUCCAGCUGAUGUAUUGGAAGUCCAUUUGUCAAGCAGAUAUAGAUGAAGUGAACAAGUUCAGCUAUGUUUUCCUUUUGUCUCAUAUCAUUGUUUGUAAGAUUAAUCCAACUCCUUCUUAUAAUAACAUUCUUUAUUUCUA